AUGGCAAGUAGUAGCUACUCAAAUCAAUACAUUCAACAACCUUCAAUACCAAUUUUUCAUGGAGAAAAUUAUGAUUUUUGGGCAAUUAAAAUGAAAACCUUGUUUAUGUCUCAAGAAGUGUGGGAGAUUGUUCAAGAUGGGUAUGAUGAAAUUGAAGAUACUUCAACUUUGGAUCAAACCCAAAAGGAUUUGCUUAAGGAGAGUAGGAGGAAGAAUGCAAAAGCAUACAUGUACAUCCAACAAGGAGUUGGAGACACAAUUCUACCAAGAGUAAUCCAUUCUUAUAAAGCUAAAGAAGCUUGGGAUCUUCUACAACAAGAGUAUGGAGGCAAUAAGAAGGUAAGAGAGUUAAAAUUACAUUCAUAUAGAAGAGAUUUUGAGAAUCUUAGAAUGAAUGAAAAUGAAUGUUUAAAUGAGUUUUCAUCUAGAGUAGUUGAAGUUGUUAAUAAUAUAAUGAUGUGUGCAAUAAAGAAAAAUGAGUACGAGGGUGAAUCAACAUCAAACUUCAAAGGAAAUGGAAAAUGGAAGAAAGGAGGAGCUAAUUCCAACAACUAUACAAAGAGUGAUUCGUCUCAAGUACCAAGAUGCAGUUUUUGCAAGAAGAAUGGUCACUUGGAGAAGAAUUGUUGGAACAAAGGAAAACCACAAUGUCGCAAUUGCAAAAAGUAUGGGCAUUUGGAGAAAGAUUGUAGAUACAAAGAAGAUGAAGAACAAGCCGGUAGAGCCGAAGAAAAAAAGGAUAAACAAAAUUUGUUUUAUGCUUGUCAAAGCACCAUGGUAACUUCCAAAAGUGAAGUUUGGUUUGUGUAUAGUGGUUGCACAACUCAUAUGUCCGGUGAAAAAAGCUUAUUUGUGGAUAUGGAUACUUCCAUAAAUAUUCUUGUGAAUAUGGGUGAUGGAAAUAUGGUUCAAGCUAAUGGAAGAGGGACAAUUUGUGUGCAAACUAUCAAUGGAGCAAAAUACAUUAAAGAUGUGUUAUAUGUUCCGGAUUUGGCACAAAACUUGUUAAGUGUUGGGAAACUUGUUGAACUUGGGUAUGUCGUUCAUUUUGAAGAUGGGUAUUGA